GAUAUCAUUAUAUUUGUUCUGUUUCACUUAAAAAAACCCUUUGUUGAUCACUUCUGUACACAGACAACAUUAAACGAUCAAUAUAAUUCAAUCAAUUCCUGCAUUUGAACACUUUUCGAACUAAAGAUUGUCAAUUUCCAUCUUCUAUUGUUGAAGAAUGCACUGUAACUUUUCGUGUCUUGCAGAUAGCAAGCUAAGUUUUAGAAAGCCUCGCCCUCAAAAUCCCAGACCCCCUCGUCCGACACCACCGCCAGCGCCAGAAAACCUAGCAAACCAAUCGCUGAUAGCGAAAACGUUAAAAACAAUUGUCAAAAAAUGCCUAAUCUGCUACCAACAGAUGCGUCAAAAGGGUGAUAAUGCUUGGUCAAUUUACAGUGCCAAACCCACAGAGUGGCCCGAUGGAACCAAGUCCGACACAUUAUACACUGCUGCUGUCAGUUCCCCCCAACUGCCGCCAGUACUAAUUGAGGUACAACAAACAAUCACAUUCGAGUUUAUCGACAAGCUGAUUAUGUAUUCCUUGUGGGUGAAAAAACAAUAUCAAGCGAAGCCGAUCGUCGUUGUCUUUGGAACGCGAAUAACACGACACCCACAAGGAAUACGUAAAACAAACUUCUUCUCAAUAUUGGGCAAAAGAAUGUUUGUUUUUGGAAUCCUUUACAUUGCGAGAAACAUUGAAGACUGUUCCUCUCCCCCCUUUGGCAGCUGUGGCGUAUUUUUUAGUUCUAAAAGUCUCUCACUAUCAGCUUCAGAUUCCAGGGAUAAUCGCACUAUACAAAUGUUAUACCAGAUUGUCAAAGACGAGUCAAUGACGAGAGUAAACGCUGACAAAUCGACAUCUGAAGUUCUACUAAAAGUUUGUUACGAUCUUUAA